ACGAAACUGAUACCUAACCUCUGUCAUUCCACGACCACACUCUCUGCGUCCUCAACCACGUUCACGAUCUCGGUCACAUUCUAUGAUACAGUGGGAGAAACGCUUUCGCUUUCCAACCGAUUUCCGAGUCGCUAGUCCUUCUCCUGCUUCUUCAACCAGUCUUCAAAUCAACGUUGUCUCGGCGACAUUGCUAUCCGGAUCUCUGAACCUUUCAACCUGUUUCUCUUCAACCAGGCCAGUAUCCUUCUUUUAGCCUCAGCCUCGAUUCUCGAUAUCCGCGUAUCUGGCGAAUCUUCUCUCCUGUGGAAAUCGCGACCCUGGCAGGAUUCAACGAUUCGAUCGGGGGAAGAAAAUAUUGCUCGAUAGAAGAAUUAUUUGUUUGAUGCCGAGUUUCUGUUCAGUGGUUCCGAAUUCUAGUGGGAUCGAGUGCGUUUCGUCAGGUAUGCGAAUUAAUUUUCCCUUUUUUUUAUCCUCCCUCCUCCUCCCCCCUCGCAAUUGAGAGGGAAGAUUUUCGAGGAUUUUCCAGAAAGGAUUUUACCGAAAUUUAAAAUUUUGGGUGGCGUAAUAUUUUGAAUAAUUUCAAUGUAAUAUCGUUGAAUGAAUCGUUAGUUGUUGAAAAUUUAGAGAUAUAUUUUAUAUAGAGAGAAUGAGGGCGAAAAUUGAAAUGUGAGAAAUUUGUAUAAUUGACUAAUCUUCGGUUUUAUGUUAAUUUUUUUUACAUACAGAGAAAUGUAAUACGCCAUAAAAUAUUAUUAUCAGUUACUGCUCCGCGUUUUGAAUGUUUAAUUAUCUUAUCUGUCGGUGGAUCGAAUAUGUAUAAUGAAAUAUAAACGAUUGCUCGAUAAAAACUGAAUUAUACUUUUAUUGGAAACGAUUGAACGAAGAAGAGGGCAAAUAUUGCGAUAGUAUUUAUCGCGCGAAACGCGUGACGGUGCCGCCGAAAAUUAUUCAAGUAACAAAGUUUCUGGGUGAAAUCAAAACCUGUUUUACCGGGAGAACACAGGCAGAAGAUGGAGCAAGAAGGAAAACAGGAUGCGGAUCGUGUCGAUUCGGGAUGGAAGGAUGCGUCUUAUGUGAAAAUAGGCAAUUACACUCUGAAGCUCGAUUUCGACGAGGGCGACGAGUAUUUUUGGGAGAAGGCGAGGGACGAGCUGCGCGAGACGCCGGAGAUCGUCGAGCAAUCCUUAAACGACUUCAGGACGAUGGUCAAAGCUGAAUCCAAUCUCGUUGUCCCGGAUGACGAUGAAUUUUACAAAAAAUUCCUGCGUCCUUGCAAAUGGUAUCCAAAGAGUAGUUUCGAGUUGAUGAAAAAAUUUUACAAAUUCAAAUUGAACAAUCCUCGCUUCUGCCUCGAUCUCGUGCCCAGCAACGAGCAAAAAGUGCUACGCUCAGAUAUCGCGAUACCGUUACCGGAUCGAACGGCGGACGGUUGCAGAAUGAUUUUAAUCAACGCUGGGAAACAAUGGAAUCCAAAAAUAAUAAGCGGCGAUGAAAUACUUCGAACGACGAUGCUGUUGAUAGAGAUGGCUAUAUUCGAGCCGAAAACGCAGAUUUGCGGAAUCCACGCGAUUAUAAACAUGGCCGGGUUCUCAUUGAGCCAUGCCACGCAUAUCACUCCGAGUUUCGCCGCGGCGAUGACCGAAUGGAUACAGAGAUGUUUGCCCAGUCGAAUAAAGGGUAUACACAUAGUGAAUCAACCCUUCAUAUUCAAGAUGGUUUACGCUAUAUUUAAACCUUUCCUUCUGGAGAAGACACGCAAGAGGCUUCACUUUCACGGCACCGACAGGGAAGCUUUGAUCUCGUUCCUCGGAGUGAAAAAUUUACCUAUCGAGUUUGGCGGAGAACUCGAGAUGCCGAACCAGCCGAUUGGCCAAGACAUUUACGAAUAUAUAUACAAAUUUGAGAAAAAAUUCGAAGGUAAUUCACAUCCUUUCCCUUUUUAUUUUAUUUUACCUUUCAUUUUUUUAAAUAUCAAUGAAAUAUAGCAGUAAGAAAAGACACGCGGUAAACCGAUGAAAUAGAAUUUUUAUCCGAUCAAAUAAUAUAUUUGCAAAUCAAUUCUCGUACUGCGUACAUUCGUGGAAUGGCAUAGCUGUUUGAUGAUACAAAUUUUUGCAAGUCGAUAAAAUAUAAUUUUCAUGUUCUUCUAUACAUAUUAAUUAUUUAUAAUUGUCAUUUGCAAUUUUAAUUAUUAUUUCGAUCCGUCCGUCCAACAAGAAUUAUUUUAUAUUUAAAUAAUGAUUUUAAAAAAGUAAAUGAACUAGUUCUGCUUAUUUCAGCCUGUUCUAAUACAUUGUUGAUACAUUGUUGAUAAUUCCAAUGUUUUCAAUACGAUAAUCCUUGGUGAUUCAAAGCUUGAAGAUGUCGGUGAUGGCGUCAUGAAUAAAACAAUUCUCAUUAUAGAUAGAUUUAGUAAUGGUUGGAUAUCAACCUUGGGUAAUAUCCUAUUUUUGUGGAUAUUCGUAGCACGUGUAAUUACACAUAAACAUGUGUUACAUCGCAACGUACGUAUUGCUAAACAGAGUUCGUUGCGCAAUAAUAAUGAAUCGUAUAAUUUUCUUCGUCGACAGAUAAUUCCAAGUUUCAGGAUAUAAAUAUAAAAUUGUUUAUCACGUAAAGAAAUUAAUUGUGCCUCAGAAGAAACGUAGUUAAAAUAGUUAAAAUAUAUUCACGUGUUAUAAUUUUUUACAAUCACCGACCGUUCAGUUGACAAAUACUAUUUAAAAAUUUUACUUUUGAAAAUUAUUAUUGCUUCCUCUAUUCGUUUUAAAGAUAAAUAAGAUGUUUAUCGUUUCGUUAGAAAUGAUUGGAAGAAAUUUUUUUGAAAUUUUUAUCGAUGAUGAGUAUAAUUUCAUAGAUAAUAUUUUUUUGUCGCACAAACGGAUAAAAUAACUUUCAUUUGAUAUGUAUUAUGAUAUAAGAAGCUGGAAAGAAACAGUUAAAUUAGAUUAAUAUCCUAUUCGAUAAAUAUGAUUGUGAUAUUUUUUUAAUUUUGCUUAUUGUAUUUCUUUUUUUUUUUUUUUUUCAGAAUAAAUUAUUCAUAAACUCGCAUGAACGAAUUUUGAAUUUUCUUGUUACAGAAAUUAAUAAAUUUGGAUACGUCGUGAAUGAAAAAUGAUUGGAGGAGCAGGAUUGUUGAAUCGAUUUAAAAUGCGAUGAGUUUCAAGGUAACGUUGUUGAUGGAUCUCAAUCGAAUCGAGACAACAAGAUGUAAAAAGGUAAAGCCGAUGAUGAGAAUUCAAUAAAUCAUAAUUACGAUAAAUCAUAAUCAAACUGGAUUAUGGAGGGAGAUCCGGAUCGUUAUUGUUGGAUCGAUGAUCUUCAUUCUUGUGUGUGGGUAAUUUUUUUAUUUUGAAUAAUAAAAAUAAUAUCGAAAAA